CGGACGGACGGACGGACGGAUGGAUGGAUGGAUGGAUGGAUUGAUUGAUUGAUCCAAUGAAUAUUCUGUGCAUCUUGGAAUAUCCACUUGUUGUGAGUUAUUGCACGUUUUAUCUUUUCAGCCAUGACCCUAGAGGUCGUAUUAGCCCCGGGUAUUAGGCCGCGAUGACACAUGGUUGCAUUCUUAGCAUGUUUUGUUUCUUCACUUUCUGCUACAUCCUCAGUCUGAUUUUCUAGGCUCUCUCUAACUAUUACAUGUCUUCAAAGGGCAUGUAAUAUGUAUUUUUAACAACAAAGAAGAAGUUGGAGAAUCAACAGCGCCAGAAGCUAAAAACACAUUGGACAGACUACGGUUACGUGGCCGGAACUCUUGGUUUUUGCGUGAUUUCUGAGAAACCAGACCAUAAUUACCAAACGUUUGUUUGUCGUUUGUUUGCCAAGUUACAUAGUAUUGAAAAGGGAACCUUAUGGAGGUUUAAAAGAUGAUAUCUCUCGUGGGAAUACGCUGUCGGCUUGUUCGUAGCCUGCGCCGGAAAAAAAUACCCUUGGGGUUCACAAUUCUGAGUUUACUACACGUCAGUGACGUAUACGGGGUCUGAUGGAGGUUCUCGCAUUUGCUAAAAUUGAGCUGUGAGAAGUGAGAUGGCAUCUCCGAUCGAGAAAAAAUUGGCAAAACACCUUGAGUGUCCCAUUUGCUUGGAAAAAUUCACGGAACCUAAAGUGCUCUCGUGCCAGCACUCGUACUGUAGAAAGUGCCUCGACAGACUUGUGAGAGGACUGGGACGAGAGGAUUACGAGGUCACGUGCCCUGAAUGCAGAAAGAGUUCUAAGGUUCCUGGUGGUGACAUCAAUAGUCUUCCCUCAAACUUCCUGAUAAAUAAUCUUUUGUCACUACACGAUGACAACGAACCUCGCAAGACGGAAGCGACCUGUACAAAGCAUGAUGGAGAGACGCUGAAACUCUUCUGCCAAACCUGCGAAGAGCCUAUAUGCCGUGAUUGCACCAUUUUUGAUCAUCAUGGCCACAGGUACUCAUUUAUAAAAGAUUUAUUUGUUGCCGAGAAAGAUAAAACUUUAAAACUUGUGCAAGAGUCGAGAGCAAAAAUUUCUGCUUUGGAAUCGACUGUAGAGUCAGUCGAUGUACAAGAAGGCAAACUAGAAGAAAACUCACGAAAAGUUCAACAGUGCAUCGACAGUUUCAUAAACGCACAGAUUGAAAUUCUGAAGGUCCGAGGGGAACAUUUGAAAAAUGAACUACAAAAACCACUUUUAAAUCAGGAAAAGAUUUUUCAGACCCACAAGGAUUCUCUAUUCCUGUCUCUUGGUUGUUUGAAGAGCAGCGUGGAGUUCAUCGAGGAAGCACUUGCUGGAGGAAAUGAAGUAGCCGUUUUAACAGCCAAAAGUCAAUUGUCUAAGCAGCUAAAUCAAGCCACAGCCUUAGCGGAAGUAAAACCACGUGAUACAAUUUCCUAUACUCUUGUACUCAAUGCACCCCUCAAUAAUGAGACUGUUAACAAUUUGGCGCACAUCAGUGAACACCAUGAAGAAUACAAACUCAGCAUGUGCGGAGGAAACUUUGGUCAACUAAAUGAGACGUAUGUAAACAAAGUUUGUUUUUUCGUUAUCGCCAAAGAAAAAGUCUCUAUAACCGAUCAUAGAGAAUUUUUUUCAGAAACCCCAAAAAGAAGUAUGAAUUCUCUUGACUUCGCUCCAUCGAUACUCAAAAAUUGUGGUCAGGUAAGAAUUAUGUCACCACUCUCGAUGAAUCUUCAUUCAUUUGACAUCGUGGCCAAAAAGGGAAGAUUUUUCUUCAGUUUUUUCCCAGAAGAGAUAGGAACCUACACAGUUGAGAUCAUUAUAAACGGACGGUACAUCCAGGGAUGCCCGUUUGCUUGGACUGUGAAAGGAUUUGUAACUUCUCGGAAGUACACAAAGAUGGAAGAUGAAUCUGACUGAAUAGUACAGUUUCAAGUUAACCAAGACCACUGAACUAUAAUCGAAAUAUCUGUACAGGCCAGCACCAUACAGAUGAGUCGUAAGUCUUUUUAUUCAGCGGUCUGGGCUAAUUCGAAACUGGACUAUUGAUGGACAAGUAAAUUAAAUGUUCAAUCGUUCAGCAAUCUUGGGAAGCACGGAUUAACAGAUUAUGUGGCUUUUAAAACUGCAGUGUCGUCGUUUUCUGUCCAACAUUUUGAUUUUGAUGUUCCACUGUUGAAACAGACUUACUGACUGACAGUUCGUGCCACGUGGCACAAGGGCCGCAACUGUUGAAAGAUACUGCUAUAAAAUUGUUAGGAAAAUAAUCAAAAAGAUUUUUAUGUAUGAAUUAAUUGCGAAAUAGGUACCUAACGUUUUAGAACCCAAAAAAUGAACUCACUAAUUUGUUUUGAUACCAGAGUUAAGAUGUCGAAUUCAAAACACUAUGUUAUAAACCCUAACGCUUAUUCUCAGCUGCUAACUCAGCUCUGAAGUUUAAGGCAAUUAGUUCUCGAAUGCAUUAUAAUUCCUCAACUUUAAAGGAAGGAAAUCGUGACCCUGAAGGUGUCUUCAUAUCUUAUCUAAUUAGCGUAGAUUUUCAAGGUUAUUAUUAUGUAUACGGUUUUCCUUACAGUUUUAUUUUCAAUUGGGAAUAGAUAAUGUUUUACCACAUUUCCAAGCACCUCGAAAUCCAUCAAAAAUACUCCGCUAUGCAUCGUAUUUUGAUCUCUCCUCCCUAAGUUUAAAAAAACACCGUCUCUCAUGUGCAUGAUAUUCUUCUUCAAACAUAGCUGUAAACGGAUAUCAGCUUAUCUUCAGUGGCCGUCGAUUGUGCAAAUAGGUUUAAUCAAGCUAAUGUAGCUUUUAAGCUUCUUGUUAUCAUUAUAUAGUCGUUGAUUGUAAACAAAAGUUAAUUGAAAAUACUGAUUGUAUUAAGUUGUUCUCAAGUUAUCUUUUUAUCGUUAUGUAGUCGUUCGUUGAUUGAUUAGGUUUAAUAAACCUAAUUGUUGUGAACUUUUUUCAAGAUAUGUUUUAUGAUUAUGUAGUUGUUCAUUGAUUGGUGUUUGCUUCUGAGUAUCAUUCCUUGAAGUAUUGCCUGAAUAAACAAAAAAUCAUACAGUUUGAACUCUGAGCAACUUUACAGUAAAGGUGAUGUUUCCCCUUGAAUUCAGGUUUUUUUUCUGUAAUGCUUUCCAAUCAAAGGAAACUUUAUUAACAUAAUGUUAAUAACGUGAGAAAAACUGACAAGAAACAAGGACAGCCAGGAAUAAGGGAACUUUCUAUGAAAUGCAAGAGGCAAAUUAAUUUGAAAAUUUUGGACUAACAUUUUCAAUAUGUAGCAGACGGGACAUUUAUAAGCAUAAAUAUUUGUAAGUAAAGAUGAUGUUAUAUCGCAGGCUCAGUCAUCCCAGAAUACGCAUGCGUGAACAAUCGUACCCUGAAAACGAAAUAGUAAUAGUUGGAUAGCAGUCCUAGACUCCAUGGCCACCCCCAUGCCUUCUUAACGUGUUUCUACACUUCCCAAGGAUCUGUGAAGCGUAAAUUGAUUAUGCAACGGUACAAGAUGGCACAAGUCUGUUUUUGUUUGCUUGUUUGUUAUCUUCAAGUUUUUUUUUUUCUUUUUUUCUUUUUCUUUUUUUUUCCGAAAAGUGAACACACAUCUAUUCGUGUUUUGACAGAGAUAAACAAACAGGAACUGAUGUUUGGGAGAACGAGAAAUGCAGUGUAAACAUAAAUUUGUGGUAACAGUUUCAAGCCAUUCAUUUGCGCUGUAUUAAUUUGAUACUAAAAGCGCAGUUGAAGAAUAAACUUUCACUUCAAUAUUUCCUCAAAUAAAUGGCAAACAGUACACAGCAUUAAUUUUCGUGCUUACAGUUUAUUAGUAAAAUCACCAAUUAAUGUAAAUUUAUGAACAAGGGGCAAAUUUGCCCACCUUAGUCUCCUAACUUCAGGAGAGUGCUACUAUAGCACUCGCAUCUCCUUGAAGGUAAUCUAAGAAACUACCAGAUUACGAACAUUUGUAACAAAGCUGCAAAUCAUGUUAAUGGCCAAUACAAUAUUGCUGUAAAGAGUAGUGCCAUUGAGAAAUCUGAUUGUCUAAAAAUUUUGGGUGUGACUAGAGACAGUAGCCUUCACCUGUCAUAUCGUAUUCGUAGCAUUUGUGUGAAAGCCAGUCAGGGGAUUGGCGUAAUAAAGAGGCUAAGAAAUUUCAUCCUUGAUAAGGCAAAGCUACCACUAUAUAUCUAUAUAAGUCAGCCAUUCUUCCCUGUCUAACGAACUGCCAUUUAGCCUGGCAUUUUGGUAAAGCCGGUGACACUAGAAAGCUGGAAAAGUUGCAAGAGGGCAACAAUCAAGCUAUAUCCACAGUUAUUGGAACGUAAUAGCCUACCCACUCGACUUAGCUUAACAGAAGACUUCUGGAUAUAUCUAUUUUAAUAUGAAAAAGUAAGAACAAUUCAUGCCCCAAGAGAAUCAGCUGCUUAUUUAAAAACCGAACUCCUAAUUACAAUUUAUGCAAUUCUGGCUUUGUUUUGCACAAUUAUUGUAACUUUUGGCAAAAACUCACUUAGACACCUAGAUAUAAACUUAUGCAACAGGCUCCCCGGCAGAUUAAGGACAACUAGCUUUCUUAGCAUUUUAAAAGCAAACAUACGUAAAAUCAAUCUGGAAAUUCUACUGUAUAAGGAUGCCGGAGCUGCAGUCUGUGCAGUAAUUAAUUAGGUUUUAAAUACUUUUAUCUUUUAUAAUGUUUAUUAUUUUAUGAAAUUUGUAAAUAGACCAUUCUUAGGUUUUGUAAUUAUUAUU